CGCCAACCUGGUCGGGAUAUGAGAAUGAAAAGCGCACCCUCCCGUAACGACCACGAGACGACCAAACAGCUUGCCCUUGCGUUGCUAUUUUUUGACACGGAAACUUCUUUCCGUAUUCCGUAAAGUGAAUGCGACGCAUUUAUUGGUAAGUAUCACUUCUAUCUAGGCCAUUUAUGCUGACUCAACAUGACCGACAGCGUUUAUGGUGUGCCUGUGGCGCUGUCCAGCACAGACAGACUUUCAUCGCUACUUCAGAUUUCAAAUUGCUCCGCACUCUCUUGUGCGUGCAAGAAUGUGGGAGAUGUUUGUUUUGAUGCAGUUAUUGUUGCAUAAUUUGGAUUUGCGGAGCAAACAAGAAUAACACUUUCACACUCUGUGGUGGGAGCACUUUUCAAUUUGAUACGGCGGGAACGGGCGUCUGACCACGUUCGGGACGUCGCGUGUGAACGCUUUCUAUCUCAGCUUGCUCCGCGAAGGUUUUCCGGUGAUGAGGGAUACACUGCGCGAAAUUCAGAAUGGAAACCCCGAGUUGCAAGGGAUCCGCAUCUAUCCUCUGCAAAAGUUGCAUUAUCGGGCUCGUACUCAUUGUUGCAUCAACCUUGCAUGACAACUCUACUCCUUGUUCUUUUUCAUCGGUAGUUCCGCACGUACAAAUUCAGCCCUUCAAGAACUGGAGAAAUAAAUUUGGCGAAAAUUAUGUAUGCAAUUACCACGACUUCGAGCACGAUAGCGAUACUUUUGCAAAAAUGCAUAACGUCACGACAUUGACUACCAAUGACGUGCUCCGCGGAGACGAGACGCCCGACCUCUAUAACCAGCACGACAAUUUGCAUCCGAAUUGGCGCGGGAGUGAGGUUUUGGCCAGAAAGCUGUACGAUCACAUAAUCACUUCUACACCGUAGAAAUUGAAAUCUUAUCAUUUGUUACACUACAUUUGAGGAGGAAUAAAGAUUUUGAGAGAACAGCUACGGGCUGUGCCAUGUUCUAACACUAACAGCACUAACACUAAAACACAAAGUUGGAUUUUUCCGAGGUAUUGAGUGAUGUUUCAAGAAAGGUGAAGACGGAUAAACAAGAAGAAAUGUUGUAUGGAGCUAGGUCUUCUGCUUUCGUCUUGUUUCGGUCGGAAGAUGCGACCGACGCCACGCUCUACACCACCCAGGACGGGAGAAAGUGGCGGAAGAAGGUCGAGCGGUACACGCAAAACCGCCGACCCGAUUCGGAGGACAACGCGAUAAGCGCGGCGCUGAAGGACGAGCUUAAAAAUUUACUUACGCCGCUGGCGGGCGAGGAAACCGAUGGCGAAGAGGAGCAAUUAUUGUAUGAUGAUCUUCUACUUACCUCCCGUGUAUAAUUGUAGAGCGGUUAUAAUUGUAUGAUUUAGGUUUUUCUAAUCGUGUAUCAUUACGGUUUAUUUACGUAAGUAUCGGUAAAAGAUACAACGCGCCGGUUGUCGGGGCUCUCGCUCUGGUCCUCGGAGAGCUUCGCGCAUCUUGUGCAAAAAAGAUCACUAUUUUUGGAGACUUGAGCAAAUUGAAUCUUCUGGCAGGGCUGUUGAUUCCUAGCAGCUACUUAGGGUUCAGAUUCAGUUUGACUGUUUUGACAGCGCAAGAAACAUGAUGCGUGUCCAUUUUGGAGAUUUCCCCACAUCACCGGGAAAUGUGACACGCUAAAAAGAAGUUUUGGUUUGUUGCGUAUUCAUUUGCGCGGGUGAAGAAAAGAGCUAUUUCUUUAGAUGAUAGAAAGCAUCUUCAUAAAGGCCUGUUAUGUGUUCUAUACUUUUGAGCGUGAGCGAGCCGCGAGAUUGUUUUUUUUGGAGCGAUACGAAGGCUCCUUAUUGCAGGAAGAUGACCAGUAGUAGCAGCGACCACGACCUGGCUACGGUCUCCAGGCGUCGAGCUCGCCCAUUUUGGAUCGGGAAAAAAGAACCGCUCUGGAAGUAUUCGGCCAGAGUGUCGCGACCCAAAUCUGAAGUGCCUAGAUCUGCUCUAGAGAUUGAUCCAGUAGACAUUCGGUGAUGAAUAUUACUCAAACCAAUGGCCGGAAGAUAUAGUUAGAUACUAAGAGGAGGGGAAACGCAUGAAAAAGACAAAAAAUGGUUGACGAGGACCCUCUGUCUGACAUUGUCCUGUGCCCUGCGGCUGUGUGGAGGACGGCGUGGUAUUUGUUUUCAGAAACAGCGAGGACAGACGCGCUCUUCCAUUCCGCGUGCUGUCCUUGGCAUGAUCACAUGAACUACUGAAGGAAGAUCAACUACAACUCAUCACACUACGACUGUGGCUGUCCCUGUAUUCAAAUCUGUCAAAAACAGAACUGACGGCAGUCAUACUCGCCUGUGAAGAUCCAGAACAGAUCCGCUUCAUCAUCGCUCUGUCUCGCAGAUCCAAAUAAAGAACCAAGACGAAGCUCAUCUGCAAACGUUCUUCAUGAUCUUGAAAGGCUUGACGUAGAAGUUCACUGGAUCAUUGGUGCGCUCUAGUUCACCUUGCAACAAAGUUAGAAGGAGCGCACAUCAGCUCUGUUUCUGAGCAAGAUCAUUUCUUUCGAGAAUUUUUCAUUACGAAGAAGUCGCAUCAAAACGUUGAAAGAACCCAAUGUAGAAGUGUAUGCUUGCCCAAAAGCGAGCCGGAGGACAUUUGAUCGUGUACAAGAAAAAUGUGAAUAGCAGUGGCACAGUCCGCGUCCGCCUCUUUUGACCACGGUAGAACAUCAGCCUAAGUAGUAGUUUCUUGUACAGCAGCAGCUAGUAUCGUAGAAUAGCAAAGAGCCUCUAUUUAUAGUUUUGACCACUUCAUCUUGCGUGCAUUUUUAUACUAGCAGGAACGAAGCUAGAACUCCAACUCCUGCUUUCCCGAAGCAAAAACUUCAAAAGAAGAAUUGUACUCGUUCAGCUAAGUGCCUAGGUUAUAGUUUACUUCUCUAGGCUUAUUAUAUAUUGUAUUUCUCUUAUCAUUUUUCCCGUUCACCUGAAGGAGCGCACACGCUAUUCACUUUUGACCCGGCGAGGAAGUGAAGACAAAAUCAAAAUCAAAAACAAAAACACGAUGACCGGAAACACAAUUCCAGCAGUGCCUCGGUCGUAUGCAGAGGAAGAUCCUCUCUUACUGGGACGGGAUGAAGAAAAGUCGAAAACUUACCAUGCAGGAGGAGCUGAAGUUGAUGACACCCGCGUGCCACAAUCCGAACAAUUUAACGAAUCCUCUGGUCGCAGUUCCCCCUGUCUCCCGAUCUGGGCCAUUGUGCUCAUCGCGUUUCUGUCCCUCGGCGCUGUGGCGGGUGCGACGGCGGGAGUCAUUGUCGCGGUUAAUCAUGCGCGGUCUACUAUGGAACUGUCAGGAUUGAAAUCGUCAAAGUUGAAAUUAUAGUUUGAUGAUAUCAUGCAUAAAAUACAACGCAGAAAGUGCCUGUCUUGCAGAGUAGGCAAAAGGACCAGACUGUAAGCCUGUUUCGGGGUAGUUAGAAAUAGAGCUGCUAAAGUAGCAUGACAAGAGGCGUCUUCCUUACGCUUACCGGAACAGUAUUACAAACUGGAUUUCGGCUCUACUGAAAUUUGUCGUGCGCCGCUUCGAAGUUGGGCCUCCAACUGGUAUCCAUCUUAUGCAUUACAAGUUAUUUCAACUUUGUCGAUUUCAACUCUGACACAUCCAUAUCUAAUGGCAAAGGCAACGGCGGGGGCAAUGGCGCUUUCACCCCCACACAUAUCGACGCCGCCCAGUACUACGCGCACGAGCGCACGAAUGGGCAAACCGUAAGGCAUAUCAAAUGUAAAAGUGUCUGGGUCCUCUGGAAGAAUGCAACUUGUGAUGCUGCAGCUGCAUUUGGUUUUCAAAAAAAUGAAAAUCUGUAUUGCAUGAGCAGCAAAGGGAAUGCAAUUUUUGCUACGGGAAGUAGAGGGCAUUUGUCGCGCGGAAUAGGCAUGAUCCAGAAGCCCUCCAAAAAUCUCUGAUGCUAGGGCAAAAAUCACGACCGACAUCAUGGACGGCCAUGCAAAACUUGCAUGACAAGUCUCAGAAUCUUCCAGACCCAGACACUUUUGCACUUGAUAAGGCAGAUCGUCGCGAACCUCCGCGGUAUAUUGAAUGCAAACGCGCCAUCAAAUACGGCUCGCAUCGUGUACCUUGCGGGCGACUCUUGGAUGGAUGUCUCGCCGUUUGUGGAUACUGCAAACGACAAAAUGCAGAACAAGCUACCGAAUACAUACGACAAGUUUAUGCCGUACCUGAAGCCGGACAUCAUGUAUUACCUGUCGAAACUGUUCCACGACAGCACGGCUGGAGACUCCAGCUCCACCCAAUGCGUGAUGGCUGCGCAAGCGGGCUCUACGCUGAGAGACCGCUCCGUCCCAGGCGGUCCAAACAACCCCGCAAACGACGUCGCGAUUCGGGACACCGUGACGGAGCACGACCGCAUUGUGGUGCACGUCUCGGGCAAUGACUUACACCAAAGUAUCUUGCAGCAAGUUCUCCUGGGGAAAAGCCGGCAAGCGAUCAUCAGCGGACUUUUGGGUGGAUCUUUAAAGCGAGAAUUCAUCGACGCAUACCGGACUCUGUGGCGGGAAAAUUUUCCGAGGUAUCUGAAGUUUUUGACCGAGAAGAAAAAACCGAAGGACAUCAUCGUCCUCUCGCUUCCUAGGACGCGCGCAGGCUACUUUCGAGGCCACAUCGCCAACGCGGUCGGGAUAUUAGAAUGAAAAGUGCCCCCCCACCACGACCACGAGAAGACCAAAUAGCAGUAGCUCGCGUUGCAAUUUUUUGACACGGAAACUUCUUUCUGUAUUCCGUAAAGUGAUGAAUGCGACGCAUUUAUUGGUAAGUACUUAUCACUAUCUAAGCCAUUUAUGCAGACUCAACUUCAACAUGACAGACAUCGUUGACGCUGUGGCGCUAUGCAGCACAGAUCACAGACUUUCAGCGCUACUUCGGCUUGCAAAUUGGUCCGCACUCUCUGGUGCGUGCAAGAAUGUGGGAGAUGUUUGUGUUGGCUUUGGCAGUUAUGUUUGCAUAAUUUGCGGAGCAAACAAGAAUAACACUUCCACACUCUGUGGUGGGAGCACUUUUCAACUUUAUACGGGAGCACGUUUCUGGCCUCGACCGGGACCUACAUUGUAAACCAAUUCUAUCUCAGCUUGCUCCGCGAAGGUUUUCCGGUGUUGACCGAUACACUGAACGAAAUUCAGAAUGGAAACCCCGAAUUGCAAGGGAUCCGCAUCUAUCCUCUGCAAAAGUAAAAGUAAUUCUAUCGGGCUCGUACUAAUUAUUGCAUCAACGUUGCAUGACAGCCCUACUCCUUGUCCUUUUUCAUCGGUAAGUACUUCCGCACGUACAAACUGGUAGCCCUUCAGGAACUGGAGAAAUAAAUUUGGCGAAAAUUAUGCAACAGCCACGACUGCUAGCACGAUAGCGAUACUUUUGCAAUGCAUAGCGUCACGACACUGACUACCAAUGACGUGCUGCGCGGAGACGAGACGCCCGACCUGUACAACCAGCACGACAAUUUGCAUCCGAAUUCGCGCGGGAGUGAGGUUUUGGCCAGAAAGCUGUACGAUCACAUCACCACUUCUCCACCGUAGACAUUGAAAUCUUGUCAUUUGUUAAACUACAUUUGAGCAGGGAUAAGAUUUAUUUGAGCGGACAGCUACGGGCUGUGCCAUGUACAUGUUCUAACACUAACACUAACACACAAAGUUGGAUUUUUCCUAGGUAUUGUAUUCAUUGAGUGAUGUUUCAAGAAAGGCAAAGGUGAAGACUGAUAAACAAGAAGAAAUGUUUUGAUUAUGGAGCUAGGUUUUCUGCGUUCGUCUUGGUUCGACUGAACAAGGGGAGGAGCAAUUCUUGUAUAAUGAUCUUCCACAACUUACCCGUCCCCGUGUAUGGAGUACUUGUAGAGCUUUCUAAAUUGUAUGAUUUAGGUUAUUUUUCUAAUCGUGUAUAAUUACGGUUUAUUUACGUAAGUAUCGGUAAAAGAUACAGCGCGCCGGUUGUCGGGGCUCUCGCUCUGCUGCUCAGAGAGCUUCGCGCAUCUUGUGCAAAAAAGAUCACUAUUUUUGGAGACGUGAGCAAAUUGAAUCUUCUGGCAGGUGAGCUGUUGAUUCCUAGCAGCUAGUAUUCAGAUUCAGUUUGAUUGUUUUGACAACGCAAGAAAAAUGAUGCGUGUCCAUUUUGGAGAUUUCCCCACAUCACCGGGAAAUGUGACACGCUGAAAAGAAGUUUUGGUUUGUUGCGUAAGUAUUCAUCUGCGCGGAUGAUAAAAAAAGACUAUUUCUUAAAGAUACCCAUACCCCAUACCCAUAAAAACCUAUCCCCAGCUCGGCUAGUCGUCCUCAGAAACAUGUCCUAUGGUUAGCUUAAAAAAGAGAGUAGCUUAGUAGUUAGAAGCUGACUAUAGAGGUGUCCUCCUCCUCCUCCUCU